GGAGUAAUGCACAUGUACAACCUAUUACAAGCUUUGAGUGAACAAAGCAAUUUCUCAUCCAUUAAAAAGGUUUCCCAAAAUAUGUUGACUAAAACUAAAAUUUUCUCAUUUGACAUUUCAGAUCUUGCCGAUAGUUGUUUGCAUCAUACUGAUAGGAUCCCAUUUCAUCUGAUAAAGUCUCACCUAAUAGUCUGAUAUAGUCUAGGAAUGAAUUCAAUUCAAAAUAUAUUAGGUAUGAAUUGAAAUCAACAAGUCCAGCCCUCCACGGCUAAAUCUUCUAAAAACAAGAUUAUUCAACAAAAUUCAGUUUUUCCAAGGUAGUGCAGACCCAAAGCCAGAGUCACAGGCCAGGAAGGCUCCAGGAUAGCGGAGAGGAGGCAACAUUAUCUGAAGAGGAUAGGACAAUCAGCUGUUGAAUGGGGAAGCAUGUAGAAGAGGAGGUGGACCUGGGAUGGAUAGGAGCAGCCGAGCAGGUGCAGGCGCAUUCCGAGGAGGAUGUCAUGGGUGUGGACGAAUAAAAAAAAACAGGGAAGAGGCGGGCUGGCAUACCCAGACCCGCCACUAAAGUUGAAGAUGAGGACCUCCUGGCUGAUUAGAGUCACUUUUGACUCAAGACUUGUUUUUAUCUUUGACCAUUUUCCUUUUGAACAUGUUUUGCUGUUGUUUGUUUUUGUUUAUACUUUUGCUAAGACUCUAGAACAUAAAACAGGUGGGGAAGAGCCUAGUUUAUUAGUCAUUCGCUCAGUUUCGCCCAAUUCAGGAUCAACGAUUCUGGUUGCUUCUUUUGAUGUGGCAGAUUCUAUGUCUGGUUCAAGGGCAGACGGUAGGUAUGAGGUUCUUGGUCUUAUUGUAACCUGUUUAUGUUCUUUCUUAUUUAUAUAAGUCACCUUCAUCCAAAAAAAGAUUUGGGAUUGGAUCUAUACCAGAUUUUCUCCCCUUCUAAAUGACUUUUGAAAAUAAUAUCUCUUCAACCAUUAUCUCUAAAAAGAGAUUCCACAUUAUCAAUAUUAUCAUUAAAUAAACUCGUGAAUUUGGAUGUUCUAGAGAUUCAAAAUUCCUCGUACAUACGUUUUAUAUAUUUUCAUUUAAGUUAGUGUGCAAUUUGAAUUUAAGGAGCACGUAACUAAAUGAAAUUUUGUCAAUUGUAAAAAGUAAUAUACCGGAUCACGAUACAAUAUUCAGAGGGUGAUCCAAAUUACUCCUAUAAACAGUUUUUAAAAACUAGGGACAAACUUCUGAAAAACAGAUUCUGAUGUUGCUUUUGCUUUUAAAAAAUAAACGAAAAGAGAAUCAAUUCAAAACAUAUCUAGAUGUAUAUUACGAAUUUAUGGCAAUUAUACUCAAAUCAUUAUAAAUUUACCCUAAUCUCCAUAAGUGAUCCAGCGGGUAAAUUAAAAUGUGAAUAAGUAAAUUACAUAAUUAUUCUUAUUCUUAAAUAUGUAUAUAGCUAUUCUAACUUAAGUAUUUAAAAUUCAUGUUUCACAUAUAAACCUUUCAUAGGUUGUCAAAUGUGCAUGGACUCUUGUACUAGGGCAAGUUACUAAUUCUCUCGCUUCUCUCUAGGGCUUCGGCCGCUUGGAGUCUUUUUCCGUCUUCGAUUUUAAUCGAAGGACGGUCGCUUUUUCCGUCUUCGAUUUUAUUCGAAGGACGGCCGCUGUUUGUUUGUGCUUCAUCUUCGGAGGGCGGAUUUGCUAUCAUGGCUUGAGGAGAUCGGCGUUGUGGUCAAGGUUCGAGGAUGAGGCGUUGCUGUCGUCGUUGGAGUAGAUCGGCGCCGCCUAUCCGUAUACUCUGGUCGCACGGAGCAAGGAUGAGUUUGGUUAUAUAGAGACGGAGGAUUGAUGCAUGGUUUUUGGCAGCCAAAGGUCACAGAGGAUCAAUAAGCAUGGUACCGGUGGUACGACCUCCUCCUGAACCACCACCAUGGGAUGUAUGAGGUGCUAGAGUUCGUGAACGCUUUUCUUGUAGUUUAUAUAUGUUUGUUUUUUGUUUUCUUGUGUCCACUUGUGUUGUUGGUUUUGACAGUUUGUUCGAGUUUUUUGUCUCUCUUUAUGUCAUUGGGUAUGGUUGGAUCUGUGGGAACAUGUUUGGCUUUGUCAAGCCCACUACAUGGUAAUAAGUGAUUCGUGUUGCUCUCUCAGGUGUGACCGUCUCAAAGUCUCACUAUAGAGUUACAGUCAUAAUUGUUAGAGUUUCAGUUGGUGUCAAUUUUAUUUUCUCUUUGCUUGAUGUAAUGAUCUGAAUCUUUUGAUAUGAAUAGAUGCCCGUUUUGAU